AUGCAGAGCGGACAAGGCUUUGCGAGCAUCUAUCCUCGACUUGAUUUGCAAAACAAUGCGGAAGAGGACCAGCCUGUGUAUGUGAACGCCAAACAGUACAACCGAAUUAUCGAGCGCAGAAAAGCGAGAGCCAAAUGGGAAGCUGAACAUCCCCCGACAAAGCGAGACCACAAAUAUAUGCACGAAUCUCGCCACAAACACGCGAUCAAGCGACCUCGAGGAAGUGGUACGGAUUGA